AUGCGCAUCCAAAUCCUAGGAACAGCUGUAUCAGCAGCCCUCUUGGGCUUUGUCACAGUACCAGUACAAGCUUCGAGUCCUUGUCCCCUAUUUGGACCAGAUUUACCCAUUCCAACAGGGCUGGGUGAGGAUGCUUCUAUCAAGAGGGCUGUAUCUGAAAUCCUACAGCUUGCUCCAAGCCUCGAUAUCGACUUUCAGAAUACAUCUUUCUCCGUCGACAUCUAUUCAGCGGCAGACAAACAACCCCUUUUCACCUAUCAUCACUCAGCCGCAUACCGUGGACACGGCGUCCAGGUCGUCAAUGAUACGACAGUUUAUCGCAUAGGUAGCAUCUCAAAAUUGCUCACAGCCUAUGUAUACCUACUGGAGGUUGGGGACGUGUCAUUCAACCAGCCCAUCACACGAUAUGUGCCCGAGCUAGCAGAUAUCUCUGCAGAGCUGAGGAAGAAGCAUGCCUCUAAUCUUAAAUAUGUGGACUGGGAUGUCAUAACCAUUGGCGCACUCGCAUCGCACAUGGCUGGCAUACCACGAGACUCCCCAAGCCCUGCUUCGACGGACCGCCAACUAGAACGGUUGGGGUUUCCACCAGUUCGCCCGGUUGACUUUGCCUACUGUGGGAAAAGCGUCUUAUAUCCUUGUAACCGCACUGCCUUCUUUGACUCCAUACAGAACCGCCACCCAGUCGAAGCAGCCUUUUCAACCCCUAUAUACUCCAACAUUGGUUACCAAAUCAUGGCGUAUGCGCUUGAGAAUAUAACUGGAACGACGUAUCCUGAUAUUUUAUCACGCCAACUUAUCCUCCCCCUCCGUUUGAAUUCUACAAGUUAUGCUAAGCCGGCCAAUACUGAUUCAUCUAUCAUACCUGGCAAUCCAAGCGGCUCUUGGUAUGAUGUCGACACGCGCGAUGAGGGACCGGCCGGGGGAAUAUACUCGUCGAUCGCGGACCUACGCAGGAUCGGACAGUCUAUUUUAACAUAUGAGUUGCUGUCGCCCUCUGCAACCCGACGAUGGAUGAAACCCGUCAGUUUCACUGCCGAUCCACAGGUUGCAGUCGGCGCACCAUGGGAGAUUGCUCGUAUUCCAUCCACCAACAGAACCAGUUGGAUGUACACCAAGGGUGGUCAGUUGGGAAUGUACAGCAGCCUAAUGGCUUUACUACCAGAUUGGGGUGUCGGACUCACUGUUUUGGCCGCUGGAACCGACGCCCCGGGAGUCGUGGGCAUGAUUCCUGGUGCGAUUGUUUCCAAGCUAGUUCCUGCUUUGGAGCAAGCUGCUAAGCGGCAAGCAAGACGAAGUUAUAGUGGCCGCUACGGAAAUGAACGAAAUGGUAUGACGGUAGCUGUGCAGGACCGUCUACCAGGGCUAGGCGUCACGUCGUGGCAUCUCGAUGGACGCGACAUGUUUGAUUCAAUCCGCUUGAUGGUCUCAGAGUCGUCGACUGGCUCAGGAAACGUUAGCAUGAGAUUGUAUCCGACGGGUCUACAGACGCAAACAGACGGAAAGGCUAGACUUGAGAGUUGGCGGGCGGUCUACGAGAUCAUUGAUGCCUCUUCGCCGUCCAGUUCGUACUGUGCUAGCUGGUUCAGUGUGGAUUCGGUCACGUACGGAGGUGUGUCUAUCGACGAGUUUGUCAUCGGUCUUUCGGCAGACGGGACUGCUCAGGGCAUUACCAUAAGCGCUUUUGAUACUUGGCUUGAAAGGGUACGACGUUGA